GAAGUCAUUUUGACAUUUUGAUUUCAGCGCGUCUUCCGUGAACGCCGGCGAGUUUUUGUCUGAACGCUAAUUGGAAAUAUUUAGUAUAUUAAUUUAUGUAAAGUUAAAAUCGAUCACGAUGUCGUUCAAGGGAAAUACUAAAGUACAAAAGGUGAUGGUUCAACCCAUCAAUUUGAUUUUCCGUUACCUGCAGAACCGUUCGCGUGUGCAAGUUUGGCUCUACGAAAAUGUAACGCUGCGCAUUGAAGGCCACAUCGUUGGAUUCGAUGAGUACAUGAAUUUGGUGCUGGAUGACGCUGAGGAAGUCUAUGUCAAAACACGCGUUAGAAAGAAUCUCGGACGCAUUAUGUUAAAAGGAGAUAAUAUCACUCUCAUCCAGAAUGUUAGCCCAUCCAAGGAUUGAGGUUAAAACGGCUGCAGUAUAAAUUUGGCCGCCGAGGACAUUGUCUGGGGUGGCAGCAUAAACUUAUUUCCAUUUAGAAAUUAUAAAUUAAUAUUUAAAUUAUAAAUAAAGUCUAUUUAACAUAUUGCAUAAAGUGAAAAUUAAA